AUGAGUCUCAGUCGUCUACCACCACCAGAACCGCCGGUGUUUUCUGGUGACCCCCUGUUGUAUGCUGGUUGGUUAGCAGCCUUUAAGACAUUGAUAGAAGGGAAAGGAAUUCCACCUCGGGAGCGAAUGCACUACCUGAGACGGUACUUGGCUGGUCCGGCUAAAGAGGCAGUGGAAGGUUACUUCCUGAUUAGUAGUGACAGUGCAUUUGAUGAGGCAAAGGCAGUGCUUGAGCAGAGGUAUGGAAACCCCUUCAAUGUAGCAGAGGCUUUUCGUAAUAAGCUGGAAGGGUGGCCAAAGGUUCAUCCAAAGGACAGUCAGGCACUUCGUAAAUUCUCGGAUUCUCUAAGGCAGUGCGAAGCAGCAAAGAAAUCCAUUGGUUCUUUACGAGUACUUGACGAUGACAGGGAAAAUCGCAAAUUGCUAAUGAAAUUACCGGACUGGCUGGUAAAGAGAUGGGCGCGGAUAGUAGCUGAUUGGCGUUCCAAACAUGGGGAAUACCCACCUUUCAGGCGAUUCACAGAGUUCGUAUAUCAGGAGUCGGAGAUAGCAAAUGAUCCUGUCACGGGGACAUUCAGCAAGGAUCAACAGGCACUAGGUCAGACUCAAAAUGUAAACAAAAUGAUAAGUCGCCCAAAGUCAUUGGUGUUGGGCGUACAUUGA